AUGUCUGAUCUGAGAAGAAAUGCACGAGAGGACAAAGACGUGGAAUGGGUGUCUGACAGCCCAGGUCGAACUCAGGAGCCAUUACAGAGUCACACAUUCUCCCCGAAGAACAAUGCUGCAGGUCUGUCCUCGGAUGAACACGAAAACCCUUUAAAUGGAACCCAGCCGAAUCCAUUUGUAUACAGCAGGGUCCCCGCUGUUCCCCAUGCAGGCAAUUCAUUGCCUUCAGGAGCACUUGUUAAUGGACCUGGUUCACACCCCACCUCUGAGGUACACUGUGUCCUGAACAAAGGCUCUGUUUUAUCCAACAAUGUCCUGGAUGCCGUGUGGCAAGCGGGGAAGGACACAAGCCCCGAGGUGUUACCACCACCUAGUGAGCUUCAAUCAGACGCUUGGAAGAACACAGCGGGGCCCGUCGUGAAAACACUGGCCACACAGCCAGGUGUCAACACGCCACUGUCUCACUCAGAGGAGAAUGAGUCCAAACUGGCCUGUCCCACACUGUCAGAUGCAGGCGGCGUGGAGCAAAUGCACAUUAGCCAACCUUUGACAAAGCAGACCACGACAACAAGAUCUCACCAGGACGUAGAACGGUCAGAGAGCUCCUCGGAUGAUUACGGAGACGCCGAGGCAAUCAGGUGGGAUUCAGCAAGGGAGUGCCUCUUGCAGAAUGACAGAAGGCUGGAGACCAGAGUGAUGCACCGAGGGGACAGGAAGCACAACACACAUGGAAAAAGCAUGUCAGGCUCUCUGGAAAAGGUUAACAGCAGCUUAAAUCACACAAACAGACGUUUCUGCUUCUGCACUGAUGUUGGAAACGUUGACCUCGACAACCAAGAUGAUUCUUUGGGUGCCCCAACUGAUAUUAAAUAUUCCGUGGUUGCACUCAAAGAUCUUUCUAAGAACACAGUGUCAGAAUCGCAGCACAAUAUUUACAGCACGGCAGAACAGGGAGGCUGUAAUGAGGGAAAUGAUCCCAAACAUGAAGACAAUUGCAGCUCAAAAGUGGAACGGUUGAGGAUGGAACAAGUGGAACAAAAUCCACUUUUCUUUUCAUGCACAACAUGCAAUGUUAAUUUCAAGGAGAGGAGACAUUUCCAUAGACAUAUGAUGUAUCAUUUAGGCAAGCAUAAUCAGGUGAACAGUGAGAACGUCUCGCAGCCCUUUAUAUGCAGGGAGUGUGGGCGUUUGUUCUGUGAUAGCGACUCCCUCACGAGGCACAUCAUUAUUCACCGAGACAGGCUGGAAAAACUUCUUGAGGGAGUCAAAGAUCUCAAAAACACAGAAUUGGUAAACGGGGGCGCCAAAGUGCAGAGCCCUCGGUGUGGAUCUGGAUGUGUAAACCCUAAAAUCUCCGUCCAGCACGCCAAAACACACGAUAAUCUGAAACACUACUACUUCUGCGAGGAGUGUAACUACAUUACGCUGACACAGCAGGCGCUCGAAGCACACUUGAGUGUCGCACACCGCAACACGCAUGGGCCUCGAUACGGGGAAAUGACUCGUGCAAGUGAUGCAGAGGAAGCGGACCGUGUUCAGUUUCGGCGUAAAGGGUGUUCUUUCACGAGCAGAGACGACGUAGUAUUGGAAGGACAUUCUGAGAAGGAGCGUCUGCGUUCGCUUGGUAAAUAUAAAAAGGUUGCAGACCAGCCUAAACCGAAUCUGCCUAAGUCAACUCAUGGAGAAACAGCCCCUUUCACCCACAGCUUUAGUAAAAAAGAGGAUUAUUACAUUCAAAAGUCCAACGAUAAAACUGUAAAUUCUCCACAGUUUAAGUGCCGUGCCGGCUGCACCAAAAACACGCUGCCACCGUCUUUGUGGAGGGUCGACAGGCAUGGAAAAUUACUCCUGCAGCCAGUAGAAAAAUUAGAUGUGGCAACUGAUCUCACCUGCGUGGAGGUAGACUCUGCAAACAAUGACUGCAGGGCUUUUGGCAGCUCAAAGCAGGCAACCUGUCCUGCGACCGCCGAUUUCUUGCUAUCAGCCAGAAAUCUUAAAUUAGAGCGGAUGUUCUGUCAGGGUGGCAAGAAUGACCCGGAGAGCGGGAGCUUACAAUCCCAAGCUAAACAAAAUUCUCUGACAAAGAGAAAAAUGUCAACGCCCUUGAAUAACACAAUUGACAGUAUGAAUGGUAAUAUAUCGGCGCGGCUUUGCCAGAGGCUCAAGAAACCGUCUUCAGAUAAGGAGAUGGAGAAAGAGUGCGAGGGCAGUAGUAAACUCAGUGAUGACAGUGAAGCUACAGGCGGCUUCUUGGAAAGCGAAAGCCAGAAGAACCCGUAUGCUCGGAGGUAUAUCACAAAGAGACAGAGGUUUUCAGCCAAAGACCAAAGCCCUCAUGUGCUCAAGGAUGAAGAGGAUGGAGGUGAAGACUGCAGUGACAUAGAGCAACUCGUAAUCAAGGAGGAGUAUAUCGAAACCACAGCGUGUGGCGAUUCCCCAGAGUCGCCUCCUAUCGCCAAGGGGGACGGCUUUGAUGUUUUCCCCUCACCAGGGGUGGAACACAAGCUCUGUCCCUACUGCCCGGCCAUGUUUGAGUCCGGAGUGGGCCUGUCCAAUCACGUGCGAGGGCACCUUCACAGAGUCGGCUUGAGCUACAACGCUCGGCACAUGGUCUCGCCGGAGCAAGUGGCACUGCGGGACCAUCGGCCACGAAUCCGCAGAAGGAUCCCCAAUGGCACGAGGAAAAUGAGAAAAGCUGUAAAACCAGAAGCCCAAGGAGCGCACAAAUGUCCCCUGUGCUGGGGUUGGUUCGAUACAAAGACCGGCCUCUCCAACCACGUGAGGGGACACCUGAAGCGAAUCGGUAAAAGUGUCACCAGCACCAGCAAAUCCCCGCUGGGCAUCCUAAACAAGCUGCUGCAGGACAAAAAGGAACAUCAGAACAUCCUCCAGGUCCUCAACAAGAGCCAAUUCCCCUCACAGAUCAGCAGCGAUGGCCUGAUCCUGAUGCGCAUGGGCAUCCCAGUGAAAAUCCAGCUGGAGAUGAGGAGUCCACGUCCCAUGUUGGACAGCUUUGUACCAAAACAGGAAGCAGAGGCCUUCUCAGAUAGUAGGCUUCAGGCAGAAGCACAACGAGGCACUAAGGCCUCCUCAAGCACUUUAGUCGAACUGCUCAAGAUGAGACAGCAGAGUAUGGAGCUCUCAGCGAGAAGCAACCAGGAAGACUACGCAACCAGGAAGCUCUGUGAUUUCACCAAAGAUUACAUGGAGGAACCAACCUGGGCUCAUGGGGAAUGUGAUUCGAAGGAGAUUUGUAUUCGGUGUAACGACGCCUUCCCCGAACUUCCUGGUCAUCUUCGAGCUUAUACACACAGGAAGAGGAUGGCCAUAUUUGAAGGACCAGGCUAUGAUUAUAAGCUGAAGAAGCCAAGGCCUGGGCUUAAGAAGAAGAUGUUACCCUCCAUGAAUGCUAAGAUUUACACACUCACCUGCAGAUUCUGCAAUCUCGUCUUCCAGGGUCCCCUCUCUAUCCAGGAGGACUGGAUCAAACACUUACAGAGGCACCUUCUGCACACCAGCGUGCCCCACUCAGGGACCGGGAUGGUCGAGGUUCUGGGUCACAAAGUACACAUGAGUAUGACUCGUGAGCGCCCAGAUGUUGAGUAG